CACUCACUUGCGGUUGCCAUGGCGAGCGGGCGGUCCUGAACAGCGGGACAUCCAAUGGGAGACGACGCUGCUUGUGUCACCAUGGUGACGGGGCUGUGCCCAGGGAGGUUGUGAUGGGUUGACAGGUGCGUGACAAUCGGAGCUCUCUGCAAGCAUGUACGCCAAAGGCAAGAGUAGCAACGUGCCGUCCGACAGCCAAGCCAGAGAAAAGUUAGCUCUGUAUGUGUAUGAGUACCUGCUGCAUGUAGGAGCACAGAAGUCAGCACAGACCUUUCUCUCAGAGAUCCGAUGGGAGAAGAACAUCACAUUAGGAGAACCUCCGGGGUUCCUCCACUCAUGGUGGUGUGUUUUCUGGGACCUGUACUGUGCGGCUCCAGAGAGAAGAGACACAUGUGAACACUCCAGUGAGGCCAAGGCCUUCCAUGAUUACAGUGCUGCAGCAGCUCCCAGCCCCGUCCUUGGGAACCUUCCCCCAGGAGAGGGCAUGCCAGUGGGGCCGGUCCCUCCAGGAUUCUUUCAGCCAUUUAUGUCACCUCGAUACCCCGGAGGACCCAGACCACCUCUCAGAUUACCCAAUCAGGGACUUGGAGUCCCAGGUGGCCAGCAUAUGUUACCCAGUGGAAUGGACCCCACAAGACAGCAAGGACAUCCAAAUAUGGGAGGACCAAUGCAGCGGAUGACUCCACCCAGAGGCAUGGUACCGCUAGGGCCCCAGGGCUAUGGAGGAGGGAUGAGACCACCACUAAAUGCCCUGGUUGGUCCUGGGAUGCCUGGCAUGAACAUGGGACCUGGUGGGGGCAGACCCUGGCCAAAUCCUCAAAACUCCAAUUCAACCCCUUACUCUUCUGCAUCUCCAGGAAGUUAUGUGGGACCUCCAGGAGGAGGGGGCCCACCUGGGACCCCAAUAAUGCCAAGUCCAGCAGAUUCAACCAACUCUGGCGACAACAUGUACACUAUGAUCAACGCAGUCCCUCCAGGUGGAAGCCGGCCAAAUGUGAGACAUUUCUCUUUCUGUAUCUUCUCAGUUUUUCUAUGUUAUUAGGUACUCGAUUUUGGAAUGGCUGGAAUGGAGCCCCAUCACAUGAAUGGAUCGUUAGGGUCAGGUGAUAUGGACAGUCUCCCCAAGAACUCUCCUGGUAACCUAAGUAUGAGUAACCAGCCCGGGACCCCCAGGGAGGAUGGAGAGAUGGGAGGAAACUUCCUUAACCCUUUUCAGAAUGAAAGUUAUUCUCCAAACAUGACGAUGAGCGUGUGAAGGCUCUGGGAGCAGGUUUGGUUCAGUCGCCCAGUAACCUGGUGUGGAUCAGUGAAAAGCAGAGAGACCGGAUGUGAUGUCAUCUGGGCCAGUGACUCUUCCUCCACCACCACCUGCCUAGCCAGGACAGUUGCCCCAGGCUCGGUCCUACUACUACCCCCUACACCCCACCCCUCCAUUGUUUCUGUCCACGUCUCUUCUCUCCUGUUUCUUCUCCCGUUCUAAGUGACUCUGCUACAUUCAUCAGUUCUUCCUCUGCAACUAUGAGACUGUACAAAGGAACCAAAUUGAAACAACCCGGAGGAGAACUCUUUGUAUAUUUGCAUAUAGUGUGUAUGAGACUGUCCACACACUCCAGUCACAGACAGACGUGUCUGCCUUUUGCAUCAUAUUACAGAGUUUAUGCCCAAAAACCAAUGGUCAGUAUCCGAUUCAUGUUAAAGUUUAAAUUUUCAAGAAUCUAAAGAGAUAUAGACACUUUUUGAUUGAUGGUUAAGUCUAAUCUAACUGGUUGGUCACGUGGAACAUCAAUUGUCUUCAAAAAUAAAUUUGUCCAUUACUGAAGAUAAUUGACAUCAUAAUCAUAUUACCCCGAUGUUUAUUUGAGGCUUGUGCAGAUAUUUGGCUAUUUGUUCUAUACUUUUGGUAUUUUUUUGAAUUUCCAUUCCCAAAUCCAGCCAGAAAUGUGGAAUAAGAUCUCUUCAAAGUCAGCUCUUUAAUCAUGAUUUGCCGAAAGGCUUCAGGACAACCUGAACUAUUCGUCUGCGUUUGAAUUUGAAGUUACAUAGCAUGUUUUUUUGGGGGAAAAAGAGCUUUGUUCAAGGCUUCAAACGAGACCACGUACAUUUUGAACUGUGCUACUAGUCAUACCAGACCAAGUAGGCUGUACAAACAAAAUCCCUGAGUGUACUGCAUUGAGCGAUGGUGAGUUUUAGUUAUUUCAAAAGUUAUAGUCUCGCUUUAAAUCAUAUCCGAUAUGCUGAUUGCUGAGAGCAGUAAGGAUACCACUUGGGAAGAAGGUUUGCACUAAAGUUGAUUCCCAAUAGUACAGAUUAAAAAGUAAUAAACCUUUGUUGCGAUUCAAACUGUUAGACUCCCCAGUAUGAGUUUCCCUUUAAAGGAUUUUACAUUUUGUUAACUGUACAAGCAUAGGGCAAAGAUUAAAAUGGGAAGAAGCAAAAGAUGAGCAAUUGAUUUUUUUUUGUUUUAAAUAUAUAACUAUGUUAUCUAACGAGGGGACACUGAACCUGUGCAUGUAGUUAUAUGAUUUGUUUUGAGUGUUUUUCCUAAGGCUGGUCACACCUCUAGUUCUUUGUCCAAAUGAUUUAUCAGUUUAUGUCCUAGAGCCACAGUUGCAAAAUGGAUACAAUGGCCCACAUUCUUUUGACAUAAAAUGUUAAAAAGAGAGAGAGAAAUCAAAGACAGAUGACCAGUAUGAGGGGUAAACUGCAGGACACAAGCUUAUAAAGUCCCUUUGGUCACUCGUACUUUAUUGCCAUCUGGAUAAACUGUGAUCACAGUGUGAUGUAAAGGGUUGGUUGGUACAGAAACUGAACAAGUUUGUUUUUAAUCAAUGUUUUAAACGUUUUUCACUGCCCAAGAUGUAUUGUCAUCAUGUGCAAAAAGGUUGAUAUGCCUGUGAACAUUUACCCCUCCCUUACUGCAAAGUGUACAGCUUACAAAUGUAGCUCCUCUGUCUUGUAUGUGUAUUUGAUAUUAUUAUUAUUUAAAGAAAACUCUGAAGAGAAUUAUUGCAAAAGGGAGGGAUGGACUGAUUAUGCGCCAUCACAACUGAACAGAGAUAUUUUAUUUUGUUUUUGUGUUAGAUUGAAGCCAUAAGUUGGGAGUACAAGAUGCAUUUGUAAAUUGAACCAUGUUUUUCUGUUUCCUGGGACUCCAUUUGUGAUGUGUUCAUUUUCUCUUUUUUAUUCUUGUAUUAUGUUUUUGUAAAUACACAGAGAAGUAUUUCAUGCGUUUUGAAUAUGCUACUAUAAAUCUUCUCUUCCCUUA